GUUAAGGUUAAAAACAAAUUUGAAAAAAGACACUUUUCGGUUAGCGUUCACGACAUAAGGUCUAGUUUGAGAGGCUCUGUUUCCAACUCUUUCCAUCUAAUUUUCUGUUGUGUGAGUUUCUAAAAGUUAUCAAGCUAUAUAGAAACAAGAAAAGCGCUAACACGAGAAAAGCUGUAGUCCAGUGAAGUUUCCAGAGAUCCCUGCACGGCCCAGAGCCAGACAAAGUGGGGUCUCACACAAAUCGGGCUGGCAAUUGCCUUGCAGCAAAGCCAUCAAUACGACAAGAUAAGACAAGACAUAUUUUAAAAGAAUCAAAAAGAAUAAAAAACGAUUGGUUGAAAAGCUUAUUUAAAAAUGGAUGAUUUAAUAGAUUCUAUUAGAAAGGCUUUCCCAGAUUCUCAAAUUACAAAAGACGAUAUAUUGCAUCCAACUUCAGAAAGUGUAUGUAAGAUAUAUUCAACAUUUUUAUCGGAUUUCGAAGAGAAGAUAGCGUAUGCAAGAGGCUUUUAUCAAGAUGAUUUGAGAACCGAUUUGGAUGAAGAAGAAAGAAUAUUUUUAAAAAUGCAAAAAUUGAAUGCAAUCUUUACAAAAACUGGACUAAAAUUUUGUCUUGGUGAUAUAAUUGAACCCACAUUUACUAGGACUAGAGUAUUUGUUUGUAUGUUUGUCCACAUGUUAAUUUUUUUUGGAAAUACAUUACAUACUUUUGAAAAAACUUGUAGUGAUAUUUUAACAAUGAGGGAGGAUAUUAAUACAUUAUUUGGCGAAAAGGAUAAUUAUUUGAUUAAAAUUAAUGAGUACAUAAUAGAAAGAUUAAAAUUAUUAAAAGAAAAUGAAGAGUUGGAGAAUGAUAUACAAAAAUUGGAAGAAAGUAAUGAAGAUUACUGCAAUGAAAGAAUUAAAAAAGAAAGAGAAAUCAAUGUACCAUUAAGAAAAGAUUUAAAACGGUUAGAAAUUACAGUGGAAGAGAAAACAACUAACAUAGAAAAAUUAGGAGCUAAAGAAAAAAAGUAUGUAGAUGAAGUAAUUACUGAAGAAGAAUAUUUAGAACUAAAAAAACUUGAAAAAGAUUUGGAAGCAGAAAAGGAAUCUUUAAAAACAGAUGAUAUGGAUAUGGAUAACUUUCUGUCGUAUGAGUACAAAAUUGUUGACCAUUUUAGACAUUGUGGUAAAGCUAUUCCUGAUCAACUUAAUGUAGAUUUUAUAAAUCGACAUAUCAAAAUGGAAGAAGAAUUGGAAGAUCUAAAUAUGACGAUUCAAAAGUUAUCAUCUGAUAUAAAUUUUAAUAAAUCCACAUUAAACCACCAGCAGAAAUUACAUAAUCAAGCAAAAUCAGUGUGUUUAAAAACUAAUACGAAAAAUGAAGUCAUAUUACAAAAUAUUCAAGAUGAAUGUGAAUUAGUGAAACAUGAAGUUCAGAUGUAUAACGAAAAAAUUUGUUCGAGGCAUAGAGAUGCUCUUGUUUCUAACAUUGAAAUGAAAAAUGAAAUUACACAAUUGGAGAAUGAUUUAGAAAACCUUCAAGACCAUUUUCGCAAAGAAUACAUCAAAAUUACAAAGGCUGAAGAUUUAGCAGUACAAGAGAUUAAAGGUCAUAUCGAAAAUUUGUAUAAGUGAGUGCAUAAACAUGUUAUAUAUAUUGUAGAAAUUUUUGAUAAAUUAAAAAAAAAUAUAUUUUUU